AUGACUCCUGUUGUCUUCCUGGCCAUCCUGUGCUUGGGAAUGGCCUCACCUUCACCAGCACAUGAUCCUGUUUCCGAUGCUGAAUGGCAGAAAUGGAAAAUAAAACAUGGAAAAACAUACAGUCUGGAGGAAGAAGGACAGAGGAGAGCAGUAUGGGAAGAAAAUAUGAAAAAGAUCAUACUGCACAAUGGGGAGAAUGGCUUGGGGAAGCAUGGUUUCACCAUGGAAAUGAAUGCCUUUGGUGACAUGACUGGUGAAGAGUUCAGAAAAUUGAUGACUGAAAUCCCAGUCCCUACUGUCAGAAAAGGAAAAAGUGUCCAGAAACGUCUGUCUGUUAAUGUGCCCAAAUUUAUAAACUGGAAAAAGAAAGGCUAUGUUACCCCUGUGCGGAUACAGGGCAGAUGCAAUUCUUGUUGGGCUUUUUCUGUGACUGGUGCCAUAGAAGGGCAGAUAUUCCGGAAAACAGGCCAACUGAUCCCUCUGAGUGUACAGAACCUAGUGGACUGCUCUAGAUCUUACGGCAACAGGGGCUGUCAGUUUGGCUCUAGACGCCUUGCAUUGCAGUAUGUGAAGGAUAAUGGAGGUCUAGAGUCUGAGGCAACCUAUCCAUAUGAAGAAAAGGAAGGAUCAUGCAGGUACAAUCCAGAAAAUUCUACUGCUAGUAUCACAGGCUUUGAGCUUGUCCCAGACAAUGAGGAUGCCCUAAUGAAUGCUGUGGCAACUAUAGGGCCCAUUUCUGUUGGAAUCGACGCAUGGCAUGAAUCUUUCCUGUUCUAUAAAAGAGGUAUAUAUUAUGAGCCAAACUGCAGUAGUUCUGCUAUCAACCAUGCUAUGUUACUGGUUGGCUAUGGCUUCAUAGGAGAAGAAUCAGAUGGCAAGAAAUACUGGCUGGUCAAGAACAGUAUGGGUUUACAAUGGGGCAAUAGAGGCUAUAUGAGGAUUGCCAAGGACCAGAGAAACCACUGUGGAAUUGCUACAUAUGCCCUUUACCCCAGAGUGUGA